AUGGGCAAAAACGAUUUCCUAACCCCGAAGGCGAUUGCGAAUCGCAUGAAAGCGAAAGGCCUCCAGAAGCUCCGAUGGUACUGCCAGAUGUGCCAGAAACAGUGCCGCGACGAGAACGGAUUCAAAUGCCACUGCAUGAGCGAAUCUCACCAGCGCCAGAUGCAGGUCUUCGGCCAGAACCAGCGUCGCGUCCUCCAAGGCUACUCCGAGGAGUUCGAGAAGACCUUCCUCGAUCUCAUGCGGCGGAGCCACAGGUUCUCUCGCAUCGCGGCGACCGUGGUUUACAACGAGUAUAUCAACGAUAGGCAUCAUGUUCACAUGAAUUCGACGGAGUGGGCGACGUUGACGGAGUUUAUUAAGUAUUUGGGGAAGACUGGCAAGUGUAAGGUUGAGGAGACUCCUAAGGGUUGGUUUAUUACUUAUAUUGAUAGAGAUUCCGAGACUAUUUUCAAGGAGAGGUUGAAGAAUAAGAGGGUUAAGAGUGAUUUAGCUGAGGAGGAGAAGCAGGAGAGGGAGAUUAAGAAACAGAUUGAUAGAGCUAAGGAAGGUGAAGGUAGUGGUAAAGAUGAUGGUGAUGAGAAGAAGAAAGGUGAAGACUUUGGGGGUUUGAAGAGUGGUGUUGUCAAGGUUGGGUUUUCACUUGGUGGAGGGGUUAAACCGGUUGUUACUACUACGGGUGAGAGCUCGAAGCGUGUGUUUGAGGAGGAAGAGAAGAAUGAGAGAGAGGAGAGGAAGAGGGUGAAAGGUGGAGACUUGGAGAGGAGGUCUGCUUUGGAUGAGUUGAUGAAGGAGGAAGAGAGGAAGAAGGAGAGGAUGAAUCGUAAGCCUUAUUGGUUGUUUCAAGGGAUUGUUGUGAAGGUGAUGAGUAAAGCUCUGGCGGAUAAAGGGUAUUAUAAGCAGAAGGGUGUUGUGAGGAAAGUUAUUGAUAACUAUGUUGGCGAGAUUGAGAUGAUUGAUUCUAAGCAUGUGUUGAGGGUUGACCAGGAGGAGCUUGAGACUGUGAUUCCGCAGAUUGGUGGGUUGGUGAAGAUUGUGAAUGGGGCGUAUAGAGGCUCAAAUGCUAGGUUGUUGGGUGUGGAUACAGAGAAGUUCUGUGCGAAAGUGCAGAUUGAGAAAGGUGUAUAUGAAGGAAGAGUCAUCAAGUCCAUUGAGUACGAAGACAUAUGCAAACUUGCUUAGUUUUUACAUCUUUUAGACGAGUAUAUCAGCUAAAUCUCUGGUGAACGUUGUUGCAUUGCAUCUCAGAGGGUUGAAGAUUAUGGGUGUGACGUAUUAUAAUUCUUGAUGGAUCGUGUUAUGACCAAGGUAUUGCAGAUAGAUAGAGAUUCUGUUUCAUGGCAUGAUGUUGACUGGAUUGUCUUUGACUUUCAUUGGUUUACUCAAUGUUGUUUGUACGUGUGACUACUGUACUAUCUCUAAGAAACCCUGUGAUGUUUUGAUUGUGCUUUCACAAACAAAGCUCGAAUUAUAUAGUUGACUUCUGAG